AUGGCUGAUUCCUCGGUCAACGACCUCAUAUAUGGUCACUUUGGACAGGCCGUAUAUGACCCGGACUCGAGGACAUGGCUCUUCAACCGGCAACCUGGGAGACGCAAAGUCCUGAACUUGCUGGGCGAACCCAGGACGUGUAUUGCUCCUAGCAUUCGACAGCUUCAUCCACGCCUACCUACGUCGCAUCGGAGUACAUUCUUCGACCGUGGCUGCCAACAGCUUAUCCGUCAGAUACCAGAACUCGGGCUGGGCUCUGAUAGUGAGCUUCUCUCCAAUGCCGCGAUAACAUCCGGGGCGGUCAUCUCUGCUGUAGAACAGUACGACCCAGUCAAAGGUGACCUUCUAGCUUACGGGAAGGCCGCCGACAUCGACAACGGGGGUGGAAAGGGCAAGAUACGAAUUGCAGCAGUUGCGGGAGGCGCAGCCGGCGAAGCAUUGCGCCUGAUACAGGUCAGAAAGAAGCGCCAAGGCUGGGACCAGGACUACAGCAUCUCUCUCGAGGUGCCCGACUUGGAGUCUGGCGAUACUGGGUGGUGGGCCGGUGAUAGUGCGCCCAUUCAGCAGGUGUGCUUUUCGCAUUCGAACGACGACAAGAGCAACUUCCUUGCAGUUCGGACACUCAGAGCUACACACAUCCUCCGGCCUCAGUACUACCGAGAGCUGGUCCCCCCUGUAGUGCGGCAUGGUGUAAGCUCACGUUAUCCGCCAUCAAGGGUGAACGCGAAUCCCAUAUUGUCCUUACCGGCCCACGCGAUAGAUGUAUCACAUGCCGAUGUUGGAUUCAACCCUUGGUAUCAGCGACAGUUCGCGAUAGUUGACAGGGAUGGGGAAUGGAGCGUGUAUGAUGUCGAGGGCACACGGCGGGCUUCUUCGUACAAGGCGGUACCCUUCCGCUCUGGCGUACUGUUUGAUGAUCCGAAGCUACAUGGCGGAGAGCCUGGUCCCGUAGCGCGGGAAGACGGCUGGAUGCGUGUAGUGUUUGCUGAUGUUAAUCAUAUUCUUGUGUGCAGUCGGAGACAGUUUGCUAUCUUCGACCUGAGAGUAGAGUCUGUUCGGUUAAAAGGCCCGGGAUUUGGCUUGGAGCGCAGUCCGGACUGGUUUCUGGACGUCAGGCGGGACCCCGCGAACGACGGGUAUUUCGUUGUUCUAACGUCCACUCAUCUGUUCCUGGUUUGCCUGGAUAGCCUUAGUUUAGGGGGUAGUAGCCUGUCCGCUCCCGAGGCCAUGAUUGUCUUGUCCUGGCGGCAUUUUCGGGACGCUGAAGACAUUACCAUGCAAUUGUCUGUACUCGCUGAUGAUGAAGAUACCCUUGUACUACUGUAUUCCAGACUUAACAGUAUUGUCACUUGUUUCAGAUUUCUUGUACCACCAGAUCAGCCUGCGCUUCCAUCGUCUUCAUCAGACCCUACGUCAAUGCAAUUACCGUUAGGUUUCACCCCAGAACACAGCUCGACGAGAACUUUGCUGAACCUGUCGUUGCGGUCGUUAGACUAUCGCGAAGAUCUAAAUCCGCAUCUUCGCCGGACCGGGCCUGGACACGGCUAUAGGGAUGAUGAGAUCCAGUUCUACUGCUUAACUUUUUUGUACAACGAUCUUAGCAUCAGCGAAUGUUUCGCAUAUAAACAAGACCGGAAGGAUCCGGUCCAUGCACCCUCGCGUCAAGUUCGUUCGAUAGAAGCGCCUAGCUGGACACGGCAGUAUCCGGCGAAGAGCACCACGAAGGUCUCUGACGAGGAUUUCAUAGUUCAUGAUUCCGCUGAUGCUACAGUACCUCGUCCCAAGGCUCCCAGGUAUUCUCGGCUGUUUCCCAAGCGCCUCAGUCGCCCAAAGCUUGGCUCUGAGGAAUGGCUGCAAUGGAUUACUGUGGAUGAGGACUUGUGUGAUCUUGUUGAGGAGCAGCUGCAGAGGGGCGAAGAGAAGGCUCAAGAAACGUUCGACUCCGUCCUAGAAACGAUCAGGACUAGGAUGGUUGUAGCAGACGACGAACCAGAGCCCCCGAGAGGAACCUUGCUUGAGGUCGCUGGCGUUUCGCUCAAGAUCGGAGAAGUCGAUAUUGCAUCAGAAACUUUCGAAGAGGUCAAGAAUACCUUUGCUACUUCGAGGCUACCAGAGGAGUCUGGACGUAUUGUUAUCCCACUAGCGUCACCUGAGAUGAUGGGCCUCGAUGUAUCCCCUUCGCGCUCAUCAGAUACGAAUCUACAGCAGCCGUCUGAGGAUGAUGGUAGCGCUCACUUAACGCUGUCCAAUGUCUACGGUCGCAUGCUGGAACAGUGGUUAUCGCCUUUGCCGAGCAACAUACCCGCCAGGCACCGGUUUGGAUCUGCACGAACAGCCAAGAAUAUCGCAGCGGAGCUAUGCCUCGCCAGCGCAAGGGCGGAUCUACAGGAACAUCCUCCGGCAGAAUCAGAAUCUUCGCCCUUGGAGAGCAGGAUCGCAUCUCAAUUGAGCGGACCCUCCUCAUACCCUCGGCUCGCAACAGCGUUGCCGACUCCUGAAGCCACGCCGUCUCUCCAAUCAGCGUCGUUCUCUACAUCUACGUUGUCAUCGCUUCAGGAUCCCACUCAGAAGUAUCUGAGUCAAUACCUGCAUGCUGGCCAACCGUUGCCGCUUCCAACCGGAGUAACGUCACGCCUCCAAGCCCACUGGACCCUCGGCGCGGACCCAAAUACCUACAGUUACACCGCGACGAACCUCGCCUUACAAGAGGCAGAUGAAUCUGAAGGCGGGGGCCUAUCAGCCAAACAGCGGGCCCGGUUGAAGCGCCGCGCUGAAAAGCAUCUCCAGCGACAGCGGAGAGAAACGGCUAAAGCAGCAUCAUCCUCCCAACCGAUUCCCUCUCUAAGGAUCAUGAGCUCGCCCGGCCCACCUGCUAGAGGUCCAGGCGUGGGGAGCAGUCAGAUGGUGUCAUCGCAAAUGCCUAUGGCUUCGCAGGUCAUGCCAGGGGCGUUUGGCGGGAGACCGGCGAAGAGGAAGAAAGCUAGGCAGGCGGGAUUUUGA